AGGUUGAGAUAUGUGAGAGAUGAGUGGCUGAGAAUUGGAGAUGACCGGAUAUGUUUUUUUUUUUUUUGCAAAACGACGUCGUUUUGCGUUUUGGGAAAAAAAAAUCUGGGGAUACGCAGCAGGCCAGCAGCUCUUUAAGGUCUAAUUUCGUUGAUAAUUUAAUUUAAUUGAGAUGGGCACCACACUCCCCCACGUAGUAGAAGACCACCUCGGCCUCGUCAAGCUCUACAGCGACGGCACGGUUUUCCGGCCGGAAGACGUCCUCGCCCGCGUCCCGUCUCCGGUCUACGACGACUCUCCCGUCGCCUGGAAUGAUACCCUUUUCGACGGCUCCCACGGCCUCCACCUCCGCAUCUACCGGCCGCGCUCCGCGGCGGCCGCCGCCGCCCUCCCCGUCGUGUUCUUCUUCCACGGCGGAGGGUUCUGCAUCGGGUCCCGCGCGUGGCCUAACCACCACGCCACCUGCGUCCGCCUCUGCUCCGACCUCCGGGCGGUGGUUCUGGCUCCGGACUACAGGCUGGCGCCGGAGCACAGGCUCCCUGCGGCGGCGGAAGACGCUUUCAGCGCCUUGAUGUGGCUCGCCGGCCAGGCACGGGAUCGGAGCCGGGAGGGGGUGCUGGGGGAAGGGGUCGACUUUGGCAGGGUUUUCGUCGUGGGGUACGCCCCUGGCGGAAACAUGGCCCACCAUCUGGCGGUUCGGCUAGGAGCCGGGUCGCUGGAACUGGCUCCGGUCCGAGUCCGUGGCUAUGUGAUGUUGGCUCCCUUUUUUGGGGGGACCGCGAGAACCAAGUCUGAAUCCGAAGGUCCACCGGAACCACGUUUGAAUCUCCAAACUAUCGACAGGUUUUGGAGAAUGGCGUUGCCGCCGGGGCAAAACACGGACCACCCGAUGGCGAACCCGUUCGGGCCCGAAAGCCCGAGCCUGGAGAGAGUGAGACUUGACCCGAUCCUGGUGAUGGUCGGGGGCAGAGAGAUAGUGAAGGAUCGGGUGGAAAAGUAUGUGAUAAAAAUGAAAAGCUUGAAGAAGGAAGUUGACUUUGUUGUGUUCCAAGGGGAGUACCAUGGCUUCUUCAUCAACGACCCCUUCUCCGACGUCGGGGAUCUUGUCGUCGAAAAAAUCAUGGAUUUCAUGUCAAAAGUGUAAUGCUCCGUUUGGUACAUAAAAUUUAAGUCGUGGAAUUAGAGUUUGGGACUACGAUUCCUAUUCAAUUUCAAUUCCGACAAUUCUAUUUAUUAAACGAGCCCUAAUUCUAUUUGUGUUGUAUGGAAAGAAAGUCUACGUGCAUGUGCAUGGAAAAUAAAAACGAAUGCAUGAAAAACUCGAUUGGGUCGUAUUAUGGGUUUUCAAUAGUUAUGUGGUUUUUUUAAGAGAUUCGUAGAUUGAUUGCAUAUAAUAAAAUGUUAAGUAGUGU